CAAUAAUGCCUGACCAGAAUAUCCCAGAGAGAGUCAGCACUCAAUCCUCGGGCUCAUACGGUGCGCGCAAGCUUACACCCUCCUGCUCGAGAUGCAGAGCGUCGAAGCUGAAAUGCGACAGAAAGGAACCAUGUAUGGAAUGUAUCAAACGGAAUGUCGGCCAUCUCUGUACCAAGGAUGAAAUUCGACAGAGGAGAAAGAGGACUAAGAAGAACCCAAAUGCUACUCCUGGUUCUCAGAUAAAUACGGCACCCAGCCAGGAAACAGAAGCAGAAGAUGUCGCCCAAGUACUCGAGCAAUAUAUUGAUGGAACACCCAGCUAUCAAUCAGCAUCUGUGGCACCAGACUAUCCCAACACGUACUGGUUUCAAAAAGAAGAUGAAAAGCGUGCAUUGAUUCGAGAAAUCGUCGAUUCUCUGCCAGAGGUGGAUGUUAUUCACGCUCUCCACCAAGUCUUUGUCACGCGGUGUCAAGGGCCCCUAGGGAAUAUUGUCCACACACCGACGUUUAUGAAGCAAGCUGAAGCUUUAUAUGAUUGUCUAUCUUUUGUAUCACCAGAAGAACGGGCUAUAGCUCUAUCUAAUACUGUUUCUAUGGACAUGCUUGCCUGUCAUAUUCUGGCUCUAGUCCUCUCAUUCGCCUUUCAUCCCACACCAUCCAUACUCGGCUGGGUAUCUACACCUCUAACCCUCCGUGUGGAAGAACUUCGAGCAUCAGAUAGACUGUCCAAGACAUGGAGCUCCCUUGCACUGCACUGCCUGCGUGGCAGAGUAUCGCUUUUUUGUGGCUCGAUUGCAAGUCUACAAGCUGCCGUCAUGCUUUUGCUGAAUGGCCAAGAGGAGCCAUUCGAGCUUGACACUAUGUUGGUCAGUGCUAUUUCUGCGGCUCAGAAAUUGGGCUUGCAUCGGCUGGGUGAGGCGAGGUUGGAUGUUACUUCGGAUAGCUCAAUGGAUGCGCCGCAUAUACGGACGGAAAUUGGGAUUCGGAUAUGGUGGGCACUUGCGGUUCGAGAUUGGUCUCGGGGGCAAUUAUUGGGUUACUAUAGUAUCCGUCCCACCCAGUUUAACACUCGGAUGCCGUUGCAUAUCAAUGAUGAUGAUCUCUGUCAGACUGCAAAUGGUGAUAUUACAGAGCGGCCUCGAUCCGAAUUCACCAUGCUGUCGUAUACAGUCCACGCUAUAGAAAUCGCACUUCUCGUGCACGAAUCUAUCGACCCGCACCAUCAAGAGAAAAAUUCCAACGCCACCCUCAACAAGAAAUACGAAAAACUCGUAUCUGCCUUACCUCCCCACUUCAGACUAGGCAGCACCAUCGCCCUCGCCGCCCAAGGCCCCAUGGCCGCUAUCCCCGUCCACCGAUGGAUGCUGCACCAACAUCUCUGGAGUCUAUUUCUGCGACUCCAUCGAAGCGCCCUUUCAUCUACAGACGGGCGCUCAUCAUGCCAGCUACUCGCACAGCACAUUAUAACCACCCAAGCACAAAUUCAGGCAAGAUGCACCGUCUGCGGAUCUCUGUCUACCGCCGAAACAAGGCUGUUUAGUGCUGCUAUGGUGUUGAUUCUGGAUUUGUUGUUUCCGGCUAGGAACAAUGCGGUGGGACAUUCCAUUGCGCAGUUGGGUCGGUUGAUGGCGAGGGAUAAAGUGAGGGAGGCUAUUGCGUUGAUGUCGCGGAGUGAAGAGGAUUCUUCGACACAUGAUGCUUAUCCAGGACGAGUCAAUUCUGCACAGCGAAGUGUCUUUAUUCUUGAAUCCUUGAUGGGUUUGGAGGAAGAAGAGUUUGACAAUAACGAAGACGGCAGGCAGGGAAUGCAAAACGACACCAAUGCUAGCACGCUUAAGAACAAAGUCAUGCAAAUCCUUAGCCCUCUUCAGACAAACACCAACAACACAUUCCAGCCAUUCUCCAGUCCAAACAUGCAUAUCCAGUCUUUGCCUACUGCUGAUUCAUUCCAAGAUCUCGACGUACUACCCAUCCUCUCCAACGACCCAAACUGUAACUUUUGGCAAUUCGUCGACUUUUCACCUCUUUCUCCUCUUCCUUUCUCUACAACCGGUCAAAAUGACCUUCAGGAAUCGGCAGGUCUACAAACUAUCACCGGCUCGAUGCCCUUUACGCCUUCUUCGGAUGGAAUUGGUCGAUAUGAGGUUGGGGGUAUAUAGCUGCUUUUUUUAUGGCAGGCGAUGCAUAAUAACAGUAUAGUAUACAAAUGAAAUAUACUUAUUCCACU